AUGCCACUGCGACUACCACAAUUACCAUUUACAUCUACGAUCCACAAGUUCAUCUCCCCAUCUAUGGCGCGGCUCCAGGAACUCUUCAACGAUGCGGUGCGUCCGUUGCCCGCUAUCGAAGAUCCAAGCUUCGGUUCGCAGUUCGACAGCUUCGGGGACUACAAAGUCGUUCUCCUCGGUGAUGGCAGCCACGGCACGUCUGAAUUCUACCAUGCUCGUGCCGAGAUCACGAAACGGCUAAUCGAGCAGCAUGGAUUCACGAUGGUCGCUGUGGAGGCGGAUUGGCCCGACGCCGAAGAAGUGGACCGGUACGUGCGGCAACGUCCUGGCCCCAAGGCCAGCAUUGAAGGGAAGACUAGCGGGUCCGCAUCGUUCGUACCGUUUUCACGUUUUCCGACAUGGAUGUGGAGGAAUCGGGAGAUGCAAGACCUAGUCGAGUGGAUGCGGGAUCGCAACUCCAAGCUGCCCAUGGAGAGACGCGUUGGGUUCUACGGACUGGAUCUGUACAGUAUGGGUGCGUCCAUCAAGUCGGUCAUCGAGUACUUGGAUAAAGUCGAUCCUCAAGCGGCUAAGGAGGCGAGGAGACGCUAUGGCUGUCUGGAACCGUGGGUGGAUGAUCCGACCACGUAUGGGCUUGCAUCGUUGCGGGGGUUAGCGAACUGUGAGAGUGGCGUGGUGCAGAUGUUGCGCGAUCUGCUCGAGAAGAGGCUCGAGUACCUGCGACAGAAUCGGAAAGACGGGGAGGAGUUCCAUAGCAGCGAGCAGAACGCCUGGGUCGUCCGGGAUGCGGAACAGUACUACAAGGCCAUGUACUACAGCUCCGCUUCCUCCUGGACGAUGCGGGACACGCACAUGUUCCAGACGCUGGCACGGCUUUUCCGCAGCAAGCCCGAAGGCUCCAAGGCCAUCGUGUGGGCGCAUAACUCUCAUGUCGGCGACGCGAGGUACACGUCCAUGGGCAGCCGGCGGAACGAGCUGAACAUCGGACAGCUCUGCCGUGAGAACUUUGGGGCCGACAACGUCGCCAUUCUGGGAUGCGGCACGCACACGGGGACCGUUGCUGCUGCGCACGAGUGGGACGAUGACAUGGAGGUCAUGAACGUGCGCCCCUCGCGCAAUGACAGCUGGGAGAUGGUGGCUCACAACACCGGUGUUCCCUCAUUUGUGCUCGAUCUUCGUCGCAACAAGAUCAAUCCCGAGCUCCGCAAUGCGAUGGCUGCGGAAAAUCUGCGUCUCGAACGGUUCAUCGGAGUCAUAUAUCGUCCUGAUACUGAGAGAAUCUCGCAUUACUCGCAGGCCUUCCUACAUAAGCAGAUGGAUGCGUAUAUCUGGUUCGACCGCACCAAUGCUGUGAGGCCGUUGGAGCGGAUCCAGCCCAAGACGCCGCUUGGACUGGACGAGACGUAUCCAUUUGGAUUGUAA